CUCGUGAGGAUCACUCGGAGUCUCUUUUUCUUCUCUUUCUUAUCUAUUAUUUGCUUUUUGGUGUCGUGCAUGGAUUAUUUUGCGUAAUUAAGUUUGAGGGCAGCAGGAAUGUGAGAAAUUCAUGAAGCUCCUCCCACAAUAAUCACACAUUCAACAAUUCACCAAUAAAUGCUGGAAUAUUCCCAUCAGUUUGCAAGUGAAGACGAGCAUCAGAGCAUCAGGAAGAGCUGAAAUCUGCAGAGACUGAGUUUAUUAAAGAGGACAGAGAGAAGAUGAGAGAUCCAGAACACACUGAAGAUACUGAACAACAAACAGAGUUGAUUGAAGACAAUGAGGUGAAAGAGGAAUUGAGUGAAGUUGAGGAGAAAAAUCAUGUCAAAAGUGGAGAAAAACCCAAACUGAAAGAUUUAAAGAAAAUAAGAGCCAAGAAAUCUUUCACCUGCACUCAGUGUGGAAAGAGUGUCUCAAGAAAACGUAGUCUUAAGCAUCAUAUGAGAGUUCAUACUGGAGAGAAACCGUUCACUUGUGAUCAGUGCGGGAAGAGUUUCUCACAAUCAGCAAAACUUAAGGGUCACAUGAACAUCCACACUAGAGAGAAACUGCACAAAUGUGAUCAAUGCGGGAAAACAUUUUUGUGGGCUUCAACCUUGAGGACACACCUGACAAUUCAUACAAAGGAGAAGCCACAUUCGUGUCAUUUGUGUGGAAAGAGUUUUUCAUUACAACAAAGUUUGAAAGUACAUCAGAAAAUACACACUGGUGUGAGAGAGUACAUGUGCUUUGAGUGUGAGAAGACUUUUACUUCAGCAAGCUGUUUAAAACUGCAUGAGAGGAUCCACACUAGAGUAAAACCUUAUAUGUGUUCACACUGUGACAAGAGAUUCAGUCAGUCAGGACACCUGAAAAUACAUGAGAGGAUGCACACUGGAGACAAACAGUACAAGUGUUCACACUGUGACAAGAGAUUCGUUCAUGCAGGACAUCUGAAGACACACGAGAGGAUCCACACCGGAGAGAAACCGUAUCACUGCUCAGAGUGUGGAAAGAGUUUCACAUCCAAAUAUAGUUUGAAACUGCACCAGAGGAUUCACACUGGAGAAAAACCUUACAAGUGUUCACACUGUGACAAGAGAUUCAGUCGGUCAGAUCACCUGAAAACUCAUGACAGCAUCCACACUGGAAAGAAACCAUACACAUGUGAUCAGUGCGGGAAGAGUUUCACACUAAAAGGAAUCCUCACCGCGCACAUGAGAGUUCAUACUGGAGAGAAACCGUUUACUUGUGAUCAGUGCGGGAAGUGUUUCACAAUAAAAGGACACCUUACAGUACACAUGAGAGUUCACACUGGAGAGAAACCGUUCAUUUGUGAUCAGUGCGGGAAGAAUUUCACACGAUCAUCAACCCUUAAGAUUCACAUGGACAUCCACACUGGAGAGAAACUAUACUCAUGUGAUCAGUGUGGCAAAGCAUUUUUGAGGGCUUCAGACCUGAAGAAACACCUGAGAGUUCAUACAAAGGAGAAACCACAUUCAUGUCUUUUGUGUGGAAAGAGUUUUUCAUGUCUACAAAGUUUGAAAAUGCAUCAGAAAAUACACACUGGUGUGAGAGAGUACAUGUGCUUUGAGUGUGAAAAGACUUUUACUACAUCGAGCUGUUUAAAACUUCAUGAGAGGAUCCACACUGGAGAAAAACCUUAUAAGUGUUCACACUGUAACAAGAGAUUUAGUAAUUCAUCAGGUCUGAAGUCACAUGAGAGAAUUCAGACUGGAGCGAAACCUUAUAAAUGUUCACAAUGUGACAAGAGAUUCAGUUAUUUAGCAAAUCUGAAAACACAUGAGAUGAUCCACACUGGAGAAAAACCUUAUAUGUGUUCACACUGUGACAAGAGAUUCAAAGAUUCAGGACAUCUGAAAAAACAUGAGAGGAUUCAUACUGGAGAGAAACCGUAUAAGUGUUCACACUGUGACAAAAGAUUCAGUCAGUCAGGAGACCUGGAAAGACAUAAGAGGAUCCACACUGGAGAGAAACCGUAUCACUGCACUGCAUGUGGGAAGCGUUUCAAUAAUUCAUCUGCUCUACACAGUCGUACAAAAAACAUUCACAGUAAGUAG